GAGGUGUUCACCGAAGACGCCUGCAUCGCAAGGAGCGGCGGUACGAGGGGCAUUACCUUCACGCCCCUGUCAGAAAAUGAGAUUUUGAAGUCUGGCGAUUUGGUGGCGAUGGACGCCGAGUUUGUCACUUUAAACCAGGAGGAGGCCGAGUUGAGAAGCGACGGGAAAAUGUCCACCAUCAAACCGUCGCAGAUGUCGGUGGCAAGGAUUACUUGUAUAAGAGGGCACGGGCAUAUGGAGGGGACGCCGUUCAUAGACGACUACAUCUCCACCCAAGAACAGGUCGUCGAUUAUCUAACCAAAUUCUCGGGUAUUAAACCAGGGGACUUAGACGCCAAUUUCAGUUCGAAGCAUUUAACUACUCUUAAGUCGACUUACACUAAAUUAAGAUUUUUACAGGACAGCGGCGUUAUUUUUGUGGGACACGGACUUAAGAACGAUUUUAGGGUGAUUAAUUUAGUAGUUCCUCCAGAGCAAGUGGCCGACACAGUGCAAUUGUUCCAUUUACCUCAUCAUAGAAUGGUUUCCCUGCGUUUCCUCGCCUGGCACUUCUUGGGGAUAAAGAUUCAGUCGGAAACGCACGACUCCGUGGAGGACGCGAGGGCCGCCCUCCAGCUGUACAAAAAGUACAAACAACUCGAGGCCCAGAGCAAGGUGGGGGACGCCCUGGCCGAACUGUACGAGACGGGGAAAUUGCUGAACUGGAAGGUUCCCGAGGACUAACCCCCUUUAGAUAUAAUGUUAGCGAAUAGAAACGGUGAUGAUAUUAAUUAAAAAACUUAUAGUAAGGCCUUAACGAAGUGACUACAGUUCGACCAGUGUCGCGUACAGGGCGAUCCAUGGCUCUCUUCGUGGACGGAGGAUGCGAUGCUUCCGAUAAUCGCCCAAUAAGAGUUGAUCACAGAAAGAGAGUUAAUAGAGCACCCUGUACAUGACUGCCGAGUUUAAUGAAAAUACAAUUUACUAGAACCACGGGGGGGCGUGCCUCCUCGUGGUACUACUUUGCCAAACCGCAGGCGCUAUUCUCGUAUAGCAUUUUAAAUGGGAGGAGCGAGAGCGUUGGAACUCGAUACGUUUACAGCGACAGGCAAACUUGUGUCAGCGGCGCUCCGAAACGUGCUGUGCGAGACGUUAGCGCAUCAAUUUUUUAACUGGUUUUAUUUUGUAAUUGUCCCGAAACGUGCAUUUAUGUAUUUUAUCCAUUCCACACUGUAUUUUUGCCAUUCGUCGAAUCUGAUCUACAAAAUUAUUUUUUCUAUGCAACAAAAUAAAGGAAUAAAUUUUAUAUGUAAAAUA